ACAAGCAUGAUGAACCAAAUAGUUUAUGCUAUUUGGUUGCCCUUAAAGAAUUUGAAAGAGGAGAAUUAUGUUUUUCUCAACUUCAAAUCGUUAUACCACUUCGGUCUAGUCAAGUUGUGGCAUUUUCUUUACACCUUCUACUUCAUAGUAAUUUCUCUCUCACGAAAG